UACCAUCCUUUGACUCGAGCAGAAAGGUGUUUGCUGCCUUCACAUCUAAUACGGUUGAGCACAGGGACAUUGCAGCAUAGUUGGACAACACCGAGGAAUCUGACACUCAGAGGAUGGAACCUCGCAUAUUUCUUCUCCUGUUAGCAGGACUAAUGGGAGCAACCUGUGCUCAGACUUUCGCAACAGAUGUCACAACACCACCAACAGUCAACCAAACGUCGUCAGUGACUGAAGCAACUUCACCAUUUCGUAAUGACACCUUUGCAACAGAUGUUGCAACACAUUCACCUGCAGGAAGUGUGACUUCUUCACCAGUUGAAAUGAGAACCUCUCAGUUGACCAACUUUACCUCACCUACUGUUGAUCUGACUGUAUCAACCCCAGCCACAAGACUGCCAGACAUUGCAACCUCAGGGCCAUCCAAUAUGACUUUGCAACCAACCUCACAGAUAGUUGAUUUAACCUCACCACAUCUUACCAUGACAACUGUGCCAUUUAACCAGAGUUCACCAACUGUCAGCAUGAGUACACCAUUUCCAGACAACACAAGGCCAGCCACAUCAGCAAUUAGUGGGACAUUGCAAACACCGAUGGACAACUUGACCUCUCCACAUGUUUCCAUGACUUCUCUGCCGGUUAACUCCGUUCCACCAUCUGUCAAUGGCAGCACACCAACACCACCUGCAAUAACUACAGCAAUUGGUGGGACAUUGCAAACACAGGUCAACAACUUAACCUCACCACAAGUUUCUGUGACUCCCCUGCCAAUAACAUCCCUUCUACCAUCUGUCAAUGGCAACACACCAACACCACCUGCAAACACUACAGGGACAUUGCAAACACAGGUCAACAACUUAACCUCACCACAUGUUACUGUGACUCCUCUGCCGGUUAACUCCCUUCCACCAUCUGUCAAUGGCAGCACACCAACACCACCUGUAAUAAAUACAGGCAAUGCAACCAUGCCACCAGUGUCAUCGGUCAACACAGGCUUACCGCCAGUCACUAACGUAGCUUCACCACCUUCCACUAUUCCCACACAACCAGCCAACGUAACUUCUCCACAAUCACUCACCCCCGUGCCUGGUAGUGCAAGCUCUCCUUUUAUAACUUUACCAUCAGCACCACCAACAAUCGCUUCUACAACUACAACGACAACUACACCUCCAACUACACCUCCAACUACUACUACAACACCUGCACCUCCACCAGAGCCUAAAAUCAAGCUAGGAUUUAAAGUGCAGGAAGAAUUUAAACCAGCUUUUGCAAACAAAUCUACACCAGAGUACAAGGAUUUGGAGAAAACAAUGACCACACAACUCAACAACGUCUACAGAACCAAGUAUGGGGAGCAUUUUAAUAGAACUGAAAUCAAAGAAUUCAGACAAGGAUCCAUUGAGGUAGAUGCUGAGCUGAUAUUCAAUACUGAUAAUAAUAACACAGCAGCCCCAAAUGCCAGCGAUGUGUCGGCAACAUUGGUCAAUGCUACUGCCUACGACUCGAAUUUCACCCUCAGUGUCAACACAUCCACUAUUUCUGCAGAAGUUGUCAUACCACCAACUCAAGCACCAACUACAACUACAGUUCCAACAACAGGGAAUUCAACUCCUUUAACAGUCUUUGACACAGAGUUCUGA